ACCGAUUUUCUCAUCGCCCGACAUACAACAACAAAUGCCAGAGGAGAAUCGACGAUUUAGCGCCGUAGAUAAAGUUCGUAAUUGUUCGCAAAUUAAAUUGCUGCGUUAUUAUUCAUUGAUAUGUACAUGCAAUAAACAAAUUGUAAACAAUCUAAAAUUUAAAAUGUGUUUGUAAACUAGAUUUGGAGGGAACUGAUGAUGAUCGUCGAGGAGGAACCAGCAGUCAUGGUCGUGAUCGAUAUUGAUAAAAUGCUGGAUCGUUUGAAAAAAUGUACUCACUUACUUGAUUUGGUACAGAGAGGACUUACCACUUAUUUGGAGAAGAAGCGACUCUUUUUCCCGCGAUUUUUCUUUCUUUCCAACGACGAACUUUUGGAAAUCUUAUCUGAGACAAAAGAUCCGACGCGAGUACAGCCGCAUCUGAAAAAGUGUUUCGAGGGCAUCGCAAAAUUGAGUUUUACAGAUAUCAUGGAGGCUAUAGCAAUGAUGUCAUCUGAAGAGGAAGUAAUUAUUCUUGAGGACGUAAUCGAUACGGCUGCUGCGCGAGGACAAGUGGAAAAGUGGCUCCUUGAGCUUGAAACUGAUAUGAAGAAAAGUGUGAAGGCCCAGGUGAUAAAAGCUAAAAAUGCCUUUCUGACUAAAGCUAGGAGUCACUGGGCUCUGGAAUGGCCGGGGCAGACCGUUCUCUGUGUCACUAAAUUAUACUGGACGGCAGACGUUACCGACAAACUUCCAAAAGGCACUGAAAGUUUAAAAAGUUAUAUAGAAACGUGCACACACGAACUUAAUGAAAUCGUCAAGCUUGUCCGCGGUAAAUUAUCAAGACAAAAUCGGACAACUUUGGAGGCUUUAGUAACGCUGGAUGUUCACAGUCGCGACGUAUUGGUGCAGCUAUGCGAACAAAAUGUGAAUCAAAUCACGGACUUUAAGUGGCUUUGCCAACUGAGAUAUUAUUGGAUAGACGAGAACUUGUAUACGAUGAUGAUAAACUCUAAACUGGGCUAUGCAUACGAGUACCUAGGCAAUACAUCGAGAUUAGUAAUAACGCCACUCACCGAUCGAUGCUAUCGCACCUUGUUCGGUGCACUUAGCCUGCAUCUCGGCGGUGCUCCGGAAGGACCUGCUGGGACAGGAAAGACGGAGACUACUAAAGACCUCGCCAAGGCAGUCGCCAAGCAAUGUGUCGUAUUUAACUGCUCGGAAGGAUUAAACUAUAUUGCUCUGGGCAAAUUUUUCAAAGGAUUAGCCAGCACGGGUGCAUGGUCUUGUUUUGAUGAGUUUAACCGCAUUGAUCUGGAAGUCCUAUCGGUAGUGGCGCAGCAGAUUUUAACUAUUCAACGAGCUAUACAAGCACGGUACAAGAUCUUUAUAUUCGAGAAUACAGAAUUGAAACUGGAUCGUACCUGUGCGGUAUUCAUCACGAUGAGUCCGGGAUACGCCGGCAGAACAGAAUUACCGGACAAUUUAAAAGCUUUGUUCCGAUCGGUGGCUAUGAUGGUACCGGAUUAUGCCUUAAUAGCGGAAAAUAUUUUGUAUUCAUAUGGAUUCUACAACGCGAGGCCUUUGUCUGUCAAGAUAGUUAUGGCUUAUAAAUUAUGUUCGGAGCAAUUAUCCAGCCAGAAUCAUUACGACUACGGUAUGCGAGCGGUGAAAACUGUCUUAAUAGCGGCAGGAAAUUUGAAACUUAAAUAUCCGGAAGAAAACGAGGACAUUUUAAUCCUGCGUAGUAUCAAGGACGUGAAUUUGCCCAAGUUCCUUAAGGAAGAUAUAUCCCUCUUUCAAAGUAUUAUCUCGGAUCUCUUUCCAAAUGUGCAACUUCCUGAACCGGACUAUGAGCAUUUAAAUGCAUCUGCAUAUAAAGCAUGCGCUGCUGCGAAUAUUCAGUGCGUCCCCGUGUUUCUGGAGAAGAUCCAGCAAAUAUAUGAAAUGAUGUUAGUCAGGCAUGGAUUCAUGAUCGUCGGGCAUUCCUUUGCUGGCAAAACUACAGCCUACAAAAUGUUAGCUGACGCACUUGAGAUUUGCGAAGAGAACAAUUGGAUGAACGAGCGCAAGGUGGAAAUAACGGUGAUCAAUCCGAAGGCAAUAACUCUAGAACAACUGUAUGGACAAUUUGAUCCAGCAUCUCACGAAUGGAACGACGGCCUUCUGGCCAUUAGCUAUCGAGCUUUUGCAACUUCGCCAAACAACAAUCGAAAGUGGUUGAUCUUCGAUGGUCCGAUAGAUGCGAUAUGGAUAGAAAGUAUGAACACUGUUCUUGAUGAUAAUAAGAAGCUAUGUUUGAUGAGCGGAGAGAUCAUUCGGUUAGCGCCGACGACCAACUUGAUAUUCGAGCCGUUAGAUCUGGAAGCUGCUUCGCCGGCCACGGUGUCUCGUUGCGGAAUGAUUUACAUGGAACCUGGAGCGUUAGGAUGGGAACCCAUAUUAAAUUCUUGGAUAGCUAAAUUGCCCGAAGCGAUAGAUGAAUGGCUACGAGUCUUCUUGUACGAAUCGCUAUUCCUCAGGUUUUGCAAACCUCUUUUUCAUUUCUUACGCUGGUGCAACGUAAAGGAAAUAUGUCCCAUGCCCGAUUCGAAUCUCCUACGAUCCGUCACUUAUCUCAUGGAUUGCUUCUUGCAUGAUUAUUAUAACGAAGAAAUCGUGAAAAAUAUAAGCGACUUUGAUCUUCGAGCACAAAUAGAAGGCUCAUUCUUCUUUUCGUGCAUCUGGGCAAUGGGAGGCACUUUGGAAGCUAGUUAUAGGGAACAAUUUAGUAUUUUAUUCCGUGGUCUUCUAGAGAGAGAAUUUCCAGUUGCGUUGAUAGAAGUAUUUCAAUUACAAGAACCAGUUCCGCCACCUUUAAAACCCUAUAUUUUUAUCAUGCCGAAACACAAUCUGGUAUUUGACUACAGAUUUAUUAAAGAGGGCAAAGGAAAAUGGAAAUUAUGGUCGGACGAGUUAAUAUCAGUACCGCCGAUACCUCGUGAUAUUCCUGUCAAUCAAAUAAUCGUGCCGACCGUAGAAACAAUACGAUACACGGCACUCUUUCAGAUGCUGAUACAAAAUGAGAAACCAGUGCUCUUUGUAGGUCCGACGGGCACUGGAAAGUCAGUGUACAUAAUUGAUUUCCUAUUAAAAAAGAACAACGCCGCAGUGAACAUGCCAUUGCUGAUCAAUUUUUCGGCACAAACUACAGCUAAUCAGACGCAAGAUAUUGUUAUGAGCAAGUUAGAUCGCAGGCGUAAAGGCGUUUAUGGUCCUCCCAUAGGUAAACGAUGGAUCGUUUUCGUCGACGAUGUCUCAAUGCCGCUGAAAGAAAAAUUCGGAGCGCAGCCGCCCAUAGAAUUAUUGCGACAAUGGUUGGAUCAUUGGCAAUGGUUCGAUAGAAAAGAAGGCAUGCUAAUAAAAUUGAUUGAGAUCCAAUUAAUGUGCGCAAUGGCUCCGCCAAUUGUCAGUAAAGACGUUACGUCGCGAUUCAAACGUCAUUUCUUUGUUCUGGCAGUAUCUGAAUUUGAAGAUGACGUUAUGAUCACGAUAUUUAGUAAGAUUGUUCUAUGGCAUCUUGAUACCAGGGGUUUUAGCAAAGAGUUUGAUCCAUGCAUCGAUCAAAUUGUCUUAGCAACACUAGACAUUUAUAAAGAAAGCUUGCGUAAUUUGCUACCGAUACCUGCAAAAUGCCAUUACAUGUUUAAUCUUCGUGAUUUUUCCAGAGUUAUCCAGGGAAUACUAUUAUCGGUCCCGGAAACUAUGCCUGCACUUUCAAAUAUGAAACGAUUAUGGGUUCACGAGAUACUUCGUGUGUUUGGCGAUCGUUCAGUCGAUGAUAUCGACCUUAAAUGGCUAAUACAGCAAAUAAGCGUGACAUUACAGAACCGUAUGGAAAUUUCGUUAGAGGAGCUCUUCAAAGAUUUACUUCCUGAAAAAGACCAAUUAAAAAAAAUCACCAUAAACGAAUUACGAAAUCUGAUAUAUUGUGACUUUGUCGAUGCCAAAGCGGACAUUCGGUUGUAUCAAGAAGUUAGCGACCUGGACCAACUACGAGAAAUCGUGGAAACGUAUCUUUCCGAAUAUAAUUCGAUGACGAGGAAACCUAUGAAUUUGAUAUUAUUCCGAUUCGCGAUCGAGCAUCUGUCGAGAAUAACUCGUAUCAUCAGACAACCGCGAAAUCACGCUCUUCUCGUCGGAAUCGGCGGAUCUGGAAGACAAUCUUUAACCAGAUUGGCGUCGCACAUCUGCAAUUACGACGUGUACCAGGUUGAACUUACGCAAUUAUACGGUCAGCGCGAAUGGCACGAAGACAUUAAAAUCAUUCUGAGAAAAGCGACUGCCACCGAAUUGCACUCGACUUUUCUCUUCAGCGACACGCAGAUUAAGGAGGAGAACUUCUUGGAGGAUAUCAGCAAUAUGCUUAAUUCGGGAGAGGUGCCCAAUAUAUUUAAUGCUGAUGAGAAGGGUGAGAUAUGCGAGAAGAUGAGACUAAUUGAUCGACAACGAGAACGAGCAUUUCAAACGGAUGGCAGUCCCGCGGCGCUUUUUAAUCUAUUUGUGCAGAUCUGUCGUGAUCAGCUACAUAUUGUUGUCACUAUGUCUCCCAUCGGCGACAAUUUUAGAAAUCGGAUUAGGAAAUUUCCGGCUUUAGUUAAUUGCUGCACCAUAGAUUGGCUUCAGCCGUGGCCUGAGGAUGCCUUGUUGGCUGUCGCGACGAAAUUCUUGUCUACAGUCGAGCUCACCGAUCAUGAAAAAAACGCCGGUAUUGAUAUGUGUCAAUUUUUCCACGUGUCCACUCAAAGAUUAAGUGACGAAUAUUUCGUCCGUCUAAAUCGCCACAAUUAUGUGACUCCUACUUCUUAUCUCGAAAUGAUUAAGACAUUUCAGAGCCUGCUUGAUAAAAAGCGUGGAGAAGUGUUGCGAGCUAAGGCUCGAUACGAGGGUGGAUUAGGGCAAUUGGACACUGCGCAGCACCAAGUGACGGAGAUGCAGAAUAUAUUAAAACAGUUACAACCGAAAUUGAUCGCAGCCACGCAGGAUAUCCAACGAAUACUAGCUGAUGUCGAGAAAGAAAGUCAGGAAGCGGUGGAAUUUGAGAAAAUGGUUAAAAUCGACGAAGCCACAGCUGAAAAAGUCGCGGAUGAGACAGAUAUGAUAAGAGCCGAAUACGAUGCCGAUUUAGCCGAAGCUAUGCCUAUUUUGAAUCGAGCCCAAGCAGCAUUAGAUACCUUAACAUUGGCAGAUAUUGCGAUAGUAAAAGCAAUGAAGCAUCCGCCAUAUGCCGUGAAGCUCAUUAUGGAGAGCGUUUGCGUUCUCAGGCAAAUAAAGCCGGAGAAGGUGCUGACAAAGGAGGGUGUACAGGUUGAUGAUUAUUGGAGGGCUGCCUUGAGAAUGCUCAGCGAUGUUAAAUUUUUAGACUCGUUACUUCAUUUUGAUAAGGACAACAUACCGGAAAAGGUAAUAGAAACAUUACGGAAGGAGUAUCUGACCAAUCCGGACUUUGAUCCAGAAAAGAUGAAAAAAGUAUCGACGGCUUGCGAAGGAUUGUGCCGUUGGGUCAUCGCAAUGUCCGAGUACGAUAUAAUCGCGAAAAUCAUCGCUCCUAAAAAGCGAGCACUGGCGCAAGCUGAAGCUAGUUAUCGCAACGCCGCAGAAAAGUUAAACCUGAAGAGAGAACAAUUACGUCAAAUACAGAAAAAGUUAUUGGUUCUUCAAGAAAUUCUGAACAAAAGGAAGGUGGAAUUUCAAGCGAUGUCGGAUCAAGUGGCGGAUUGUGAGAUGAAAUUGAAGCGAGCCGAGGAUCUCAUCGGAGGAUUAGGCGGAGAAUAUGCUCGUUGGUCGCAAACAGCCGAACAACUGGGCGAUAAAUAUCAUCGGUUAAUGGGGGAUGUGAUAAUCGCUUCCGGCGUGGUAGCUUACUUGGGUCCGUUCACUAUGCCGUUUCGUGUGCAGCAGAUAAACGAAUGGGUGCAACUGUGUUUGGAUCUGCAAGUGAUUUGCAGUCACGAUUUCCAUCUGCGCGAUAUACUCGGCGAUCCGGUUUUAAUUAGGUCGUGGAACAUCGCCGGAUUGCCCAUCGAUGCAUUUUUCAUUGACAACGGAAUUAUCAUUACAAACGCGAGGAGAUGGCCGCUGAUGAUAGAUCCACAAGGCCAGGCUAACAAAUGGAUAAGAAAUAUGGAGCAGAUGAACAAUUUAAGCAUUAUUCGGUUGAGCCAGCCUGAUUAUGUGAGAAUCUUGGAAAACGCGAUACAAUUUGGACAACCAGUGCUGCUUGAGAAUGUAGAGGAGGAAUUAGAUGCCAUUCUUGAGCCAAUACUUCUCAAACAGACUUUCAAGCACGCUGGUGCAUUAUGUAUAAAAUUGGGCGACGCCAUAGUGGAAUAUAGCACUGAUUUUAGACUUUACAUCACGACAAAAUUAAGGAAUCCUCAUUAUCUGCCGGAAGUAGCUGUGAGAGUAACUCUGCUGAAUUUUAUGAUAACACCAAGCGGCUUGGAGGAUCAGCUGCUUGGUACCGUAGUCGCAAGGGAAAGACCUGAUUUGGAAUCGGAGAAAAGCGCUUUGAUCGUGCAGAGUGCCGCGAAUAAAAAAAUGCUGAAGGAGACGGAGGACAAAAUACUGGAGAUACUUUCCGCGGCGAAAGGUAAUAUCUUGGAGGACGAGGAAGCCAUCGACAUCUUAAUGAUGUCCAAGAAUUUGAGCGAUGAUAUUCAAAUGAAGCAGACGGCCACGGAAGUCACAGAAAAGUCAAUCGACGCCGCGAGAUCGCAGUAUCAACCUAUCGCAAUUUAUUCGACUGUACUCUUUUUCACGAUAGCAUCUUUAGCUAACAUAGAUCCAAUGUAUCAAUAUUCACUGGUCUGGUUUGUGAAUCUUUUCAACACGGCUAUCACCAAUACGGACCCAUCUGAAAAUAUCGAACAACGUCUGAAGGAUUUGACCAAAUAUUUCACGUAUUCCCUUUAUGUCAACAUCUGCAGAUCUCUGUUCGAGAAGGAUAAAUUAUUGUUUACGCUACUUCUUGUUUUUAAUUUGUACGAAAAAAACGACAAAAUGCAAAUUGCGAGUCAAUGGUUGUUCCUGUUAACCGGUGGGAUAAGUUUGGAGAAUCCAUAUGCUAAUCCCGCCAAGUGGCUGCUCGUUAAGCAUUGGGAUGAACUAUGCAGACUGGAUAACAUCAAAGGAUUCGAAGGCAUCAGAGAAUCAUUCUCCAACACCGUUGACGAGUGGAAAAGAAUAUUUGAUUCGAGAGAACCGCAAAAAGAGCCUUUUCCAGCGCCUUAUGACCGUCUGAGUUCAUUCGAGCGACUGUUAAUUCUGCGAUGUAUCCGUCCUGAUAAAAUUAUCCCAGCAGUACAGUUAUUCGUGCAAGAAAAAUUGGGUAUUCAAUACGUAGAAAUACCACCUUUCGACUUAGCAUCCUCCUACGCGGAUUCCAACUGUUGUAUUCCACUGAUAUUCAUCCUGACUCCGGGCGCUGAUCCGAUGCAAACCUUGCUGUCAUUUGCCGACGAGAAAGGCUACGGCGCCAAGCGACUCUUCUAUCUAUCCCUCGGUCAAGGUCAAGGACCGAUAGCGGAAGAGUUGAUAAAAGAGGGCGUGUUGCGCGGUAAUUGGGUGAUAUUGCAAAAUUGUCACCUGGCUAAAAGUUGGAUGCCGAUCUUGGAGAGGAUAUGCGAGGAUUUCACACCUGACACAAUUCAUCCUAACUUUCGAUUGUGGUUGACUAGCUAUCCGGCGGAGUACUUUCCCAUAUCGGUUCUCCAAAACGGCAUCAAAAUUACGAACGAGCCACCCAAAGGACUCAGAGCGAAUGUUUUGAGAUCUUAUGCGAGCGAUCCGGUCAGCAGUUCGGACUUCUUCGAGGGUUGCGUUCAAAGUGAGACUUUCAAGAAGCUCCUGUACUCGUUGUGCUUCUUCCACGCUAUCGUACAAGAGAGAAGGAAGUUUGGUCCAAUCGGCUGGAACAUCCCCUACGAGUUCAACGAGACCGAUUUGAGAAUCAGCGUUUUACAACUGAAGAUGUUCUUGGACGAUUAUGAGGAUGUGCAGUUCGACGCUUUAAAAUAUCUCACGGGCGAGUGUAACUACGGGGGUAGAGUUACGGACGAAUGGGAUCGUAGGACGCUGAAUACUAUUUUAUCAAAGUUUUAUUGUCCGGAAUUGUUGGCCCAGGAAAGAUACUACUUUGAUGCAACGUCGACUAUUUAUUAUUGUCCGGACGCCAGAGAGUACGAUGCCUAUGUCGCUUAUACGAGAAAACUUCCGAUAAUAACAGAACCAAGUGUAUUUGGAAUGAACGAGAAUGCCGAUAUAGUUAAAGAUCAGCGAGAGACAAACUUGUUAUUCACUUCGUUACUGCUCACUCAGGAUCGAACGGAUCUUUGGGAAAUUAAGGAAACUGUUAAAUCCGGUUUGAGACAAGCUUCUGAUGACGAGAUAGUUUACGAUGUUGCGACAGAAAUUCUGAACAAGCUUCCAGACAAUUAUGAUCUUAUUACAGCACUUGUUAAAUAUCCUACAUUGUACAGUGAAAGUAUGAAUACUGUGUUAGUGCAAGAAAUGGAUAGAUUUAAUAAAUUAUUAUGCUGUAUCAGAGAUAGUCUUAUUAAUAUACGAAAAGCUAUCAAAGGUAUGAUCAUAAUGUCUUUCGAGCUUGAAGAUAUUCAUGAAGCAAUUCUGAUGAGCAAGAUACCUCUUUUGUGGAAACAAAAUUCUUACCCUUCUUUGAAACCUCUGGGCAGUUAUAUCAAUGAUUUUCUACAACGUUUAACAUUUAUACAGAAAUGGUACGAAGAAGGACCACCUGUUACAUUUUGGUUACCUGGAUUUUACUUUACGCAAGCGUUUCUGACUGGAACACUACAAAAUUAUGCGCGAAAGUAUCAAAUUCCCAUAGAUCUUCUCACGUUUGACUUUGAGAUUCUGAAAGAGACUGUCUUCACUAUCGCGCCCGAGGAUGGCGUUUACAUUUAUGGGCUAUUUUUGGAUGGCGCAAGAUUUGAUAUAAAGGAAAUGUGUAUAGAAGAGAGCUUCCCCAAAGUGCUUUAUGAUAAUGUACCCUUUUUGUGGCUGAUUCCGAUGAAAAAGGAAGAUAUUGAAGAUAGACAAAUAUAUGUUUGUCCACUUUAUAAAACCAGCGAACGUCGCGGGGUAUUGUCCACCACUGGUCACUCCACAAACUUUGUCAUAGCCAUACGAUUGCCCACAGUGAAGCCGUCCGAACACUGGAUUUUAAGAGGCGCGGCCAUGCUUUGUCAACUCAGUGAAUAAAAUAAAUCAAUUUUGCUUUUUCCUUCUA